ACUGCACCAGCAUAUAAAAUUGUUUUCAGUUGUUUUUAGAAAAACUUUGUUUUAAAUCACAAUCUGCCCUUUAGCGCCAUCCUCAGGCCAAAUUAUUUCACUACACUGAACUUCUUUAUUGCUGAUAAACAAAAAAUUGAGAAAAAGGGUGGCUGAGUGGUGUUCAAAAGCUGCAGCAGGAGUUCAAACAUGUUCGUUUUCUCUUGAAUGUACCCACUGAAAUAUAGACACCUGAAUAAGGUAAAGUAUGAAAGCCUUAUUUAUUUUAAGGGUUUCCAUCCAGCAUGUUAUGGUUGUCUCCCUACUUCAACUCGCCUGAGUCAAUGGUUUCGUGAAGCAUGGUUGCUCACAAGGACUGGAGCUGGUAUCCCCUGGUCCAAAGGUUGUAGUUAAAUAAUAUAUUUUCUAUAGUUAGGUCUCACAUGCAAGAACGUUUCAGACAACCUUGGAUUUAGACCUCUUCAAUUGUGUAUUAAGCAAAUUGACAAAUGAGAAAUUAAUUGGUAGAACUGUGGAUUUUAACCAGUUUAUAGAGUAAUCUGAAACUCUGGAAAAUGAGUUUAUCAGUUCUAUUGCUUCAAAGGAGGUGUGAAAAUGAAGCCAUUUAGUGCAGCUGUUCUCUGAGGGGUUCUCUUGUAAAACACAUUGAAUGUGAAGUGCCUCUUGGUUCAGUCUCAUGCCACAGUCCAAGUAGAUUAUUAAAGAAGAUUUUCAGUGUUCCAUAAUCAACAGAGGGCCUCUUGUCUGAAAAUGUCACUUUGCCUUCGCUACGUAAAACAUCGUAAGGAGCUUAUACUGAAUCGCAUAAUCUUUAAAGAGCCGCACAAUCCGAAGCCUGAAGGAAUACUAGGGGUACAUGUAGAACAUUUCCCCUUUCUCCUUCGAGAUCUAGCGUUGAGAAUGACCACCACCCCGAGGACAGCUUUCCACAUGUCAGCGUUCUGCUGGUACGCUUUUGUAGUUCAGUAUCUCGCAGCAAAGGAUGGAGAGGAGUUGCCAAAGGGAAUCUUUGUUUAUGGAGGACCAUGGAAGUAUCUUACUUUUCUAAAUUUGUUACUGCAGAUGACCUUCUUUGGACUGGCAACAGUAGCUGAUCUCCAACUAGGAAAAGAGACAGAGAGCAGUCUGAGCAGAUGGAAGGACCGCCUUUUCGCUGUCUUUGCUUUCCCUGUUGGCACGUUUGUUGUCCUCCUUUUUUGGAUGAUCUUCGCCUACGACAGAGAAUUAGUCUACCCAGCUACCAUCGACGCAUUCUUCCCUCCUUGGACAAACCACGCUAUGCACACCUUCGUCCUUCCUGUUUUACUGGGAGAAGUGCUGGUGCAGCCUCACACCUUCCCACAAACCCAACAUGCACUGGCAGCACUGGGAGUUGUGGGCUUGGCUUAUCUGUCGUGGAUUGUGUGGGUGUACUUGUCAGUGGGCAUCUGGGUGUACCCCCUCCUACGGUACUUCAGCCCUGCUGGUCUGCUGGGCUUCUUCUGUUUUAACAUGUCAGUGGUGAGCCUCCUCUACCAGCUCGGAGACCAGCUCAACAGUUACGUGUGGAGUCAAACGCAGUCAUUUGCCUGUCUAAAGCAAUUUAAGGAUUUCAUCAAAUAAAUUCACUUCUGUCCUUAAAGCAGCUGCAACACGCGGAGACACGUAUACCCCGAUGUGAUCCAUUUCACAGAAACUCUGUCUUCGGUGCCACAAACAUAAUAAAGGUUCUUCGACACAG